AUGACAUCACAAAACUGCUAUUCUUCCUCAACUAAGACGGCUAUUUCCAGAACUCAAGUCGACGAGGCAACGGAAUCUGCUCUCCCUCAGUAUGACCUCCCGAAGUAUAACACAUAUGAACUUCCUGGGAUUAGACAGCUAAGGAUGAUCAUGGAUCCUAUGCAUGAGUACUUCCCAGUGAAAGUCACUAUGAAGUCAAAGAUCGAGGCCUUAGAGGUAAUAAGGCAUAAUUUAGACCCUGAAACGGAAAUGCCAAUUUUCAAGGAAUCUGCCUUAGGACAUUUGAUUUUGAUGUAUGAAAAUAUGAUCUAUUUUGGAGUGUUGACACGCUAUCUGCUUUUGAGGCAGAUAGAAACAGAAAAGAGACAUGAGUUGUGGUUCAUGGUUAAUGGAAAGCCAAUUAGGUUCGGAAUGAGGGAAUUUGGUUUAAUCACUGGAUUGAAUUACGGGGAAAUCUCAGAGCCGGACGUGGUGUUGAAAGCUUCGAAGAACAUAAGAUUGUUGGAGCAUAUUAAGGCCCACGUAGUACUUGCUGCUGAUUUAAAGAAAUUGCUCACAGAGAACAAGAUAAAAGGUAGCGAUAAAGCAAAGAUUGCUAUCAUUUACUUUUUAGCACAAGUAUUACUAUCUGGAGACGAGAAGAAGACCGUCCCACUGGAUUGGCUGUCGUACGUCGACGAUUUAGAUUUCUUUAACAGCUAUCCAUAG